AGGUCGAUCGUGAGGAGCCGAGCACCCUCCCUCCCCUCCCCUCUUACCGGAUUCCUCGUAAGUGAAGCUCGCUCACUCUUUGAGGACCAGACCUCACUGAUGACUGGGAAGCAAAGAGUACCCAGGAAAGCACUUUUACCACGGACUCCACCUCAGGAGCACCAGGAACUUGUCUUCUAAGUAAAAUCUGUGCCCCUUCUGUGCAGACCUGAUGUCUGCUGCAAUGGAUACAGAAUCAACAUAUUCGGGAUACUCCCACUACUCAGGUCACUCCAAAAAAGCCCACAGACAAGGGAGUCGGGACAGGCACAAAUCACCGCGAAGCAAAGACGGCAGUCGGUCUGAGAAGUCCGUCACUAUCCAGACACCUCCUGCAGAGCCGCUGCUUGGGAACGAUGCCUCUCGGGCAGAGGAGGGCCAGGAUGACAACUGGGGUGAGACCACAACAGCAAUCACAGGCACCUCUGAGCACAGUAUUUCCCAGGAGGACAUUGCCCGGAUCAGUAAGGAUCUGGAGGACAGUGUUGGGUUGGACUGCAAACGUUACCUGGGCUUAACAGUGGCAGCUGUUCUCGGACUUCUUGUCUUCCUUACCCCCAUCGCCUUCAUUCUGUUACCCCAGAUCCUGUGGCGGGAUGAUCUGGAGCCGUGUGGUACUGUUUGUGAGGGACUAUUCAUCUCUGUGGCAUUUAAACUCCUCAUUCUUCUGAUUGGGACCUGGGCUCUGUUCUUCCGCCAGCCCAAGGCAGAUAUACCAAGGGUGUUUGUGUUUCGGGCCCUUCUGUUGGUCCUCAUAUUCCUGUUUGUGUUUUCCUACUGGCUCUUUUACGGCGUUCGCAUCUUGGACUCGAAGGACACCAACUACCAAGGAAUAGUACAGUACGCGGUGUCUCUGGUGGAUGCUCUGCUCUUCAUUCACUACCUGGCCAUUGUGCUGCUGGAGCUACGGCAGCUGCAGCCCAUGUUCACUGUCAAGGUAGUUCGGUCAACAGACGGAGAGUCACGAUACUACAGCUUGGGGCACUUGAGCAUCCAGCGAGCUGCACUGGUGGUUCUGGAAAAUUACUACAAAGAUUUCACAGUCUACAACCCAGCCUUGUUAACAGCCUCCAAAUCCCGUGCAGCCAAGCACAUGGCUGGCCUGAAAGUCUACAAUGUUGAUGGCCCAGGGAACAACGCGUCGGGGCAGUCUCGUGCCAUGAUUGCAGCUGCAGCCCGUCGCAGGGACUCCAGUCACAACGAGCUCUACUACGAAGAGGCUGACCACGAGCGUCGAGUGAAAAAACGCCGUGCAAGGCUCGUGGUUGCAGUAGAGGAGGCUUUCACUCACAUCAAACGCCUCCAGGCAGAGGAACAGCAGAAAGCUCCAGGAGAGAUGAUGGACCCCCGAGAAGCAGCCCAGGCAAUCUUCCCGUCCAUGGCAAGAGCUCUGCAGAAGUACCUUCGCACUACCCGCCAGCAACAGUACCACAGCAUGGAGAGCAUCUUGCAACACUUGUCCUUCUGCAUCACCAAUAACAUGACACCAAAGGCAUUCCUGGAGCGUUACCUCAACCCAGGCCCAACCCUCCAGUACGACAGGGAUCGCUGGUUCUCCAAGCAGUGGACUCUUGUCAGUGAGGAAUCGGUCACAAGUGGGUUACAAGACGGCAUUGUGUUUGUCCUCAAGUGCUUGGACUUCAGCCUUGUUGUUAAUGUGAAGAAAAUCCCCUUCAUCAAACUCUCAGAAGAGUUUAUAGACCCUAAAUCGCAUAAAUUUGUCCUCCGCUUACAGUCUGAGACUUCAGUCUAA